UUGUUUCAGGCUGCGGCAGUUAUAUUAAUCAGUUUAAUAUACUUCAACAACGCUCAAGAAACUACUAGGAAUGAUGAUUAUUAUGACAAAGUUAAUACUGUAGAUCCGACGCCUUCAGUUCGCUUAGAUCCUUAUAUCAGGAAAGCUUUACUGAAGGCUCUCAGUGACCUAGAAGAAGGUAAUAAUGUCACAGAUUUUGAAACUACAGACGGUACAUCAAAUACGAAUACCGAUAGAUUAACUUCUGAGGAUGAUCUUUCCGUGACACAAGCAAAUAAAGAGAGCAUUCGAAUUCAUUCGUUCUUAGUAAAUGGACAGUCAGCUUUUGCUAACUCAUCUAACUCAAGUCCCACAUACAUCGAUAAUAACAUAUCUAUAAUAAGCUCAACUGUUGGUAAUGUCGAAAAUCACGUGACAGCAACAGCAACUCUACCUACGCAAACACCUUUCAGUGAAAUAUUUCAAGCAAAGGAAUCUGGUAUUAAUGUACAACAAGUAAGAAGCAUCCAAAGUAAUCCUAAAAAAAGUAUUGCAAACGGUGAAAAAAUCAAUCAACCUGUGUACAGACCGAAAACGACCACUAGCACGACGACAACAACAACUACUACUACAACAACGACAACUCCUAAACCUACGCAUAAUGAAGAUGGCGAAAAUAUUGAGGAUGUUGAUAAAAAAGACGUUCAAGUAUUCCAAGCUCCGCUAGUAGCCGCUUUUACAGUGCAACAAGACGCUAAUGGUAUUCCGAAAAGAGUUAUUCCCAUUUACCAACAAACUAAUAACGGAAUCUCUCAACCAGCAAACUUGCCAACCAAUAUUUUACUUCCCGAACUAUUGCCACCAAAACCAACGCCCAGUAGUUUCCUUAAUGUACCAACAAAUGAUUUCAUAAGCCAACAUCUGACCUUACAGAAACAGUUAGAGGAAAAACAAAGGCUCCUUGAAGAACAGCUUAGAUUCCUCCAGUUUCAACAAAGACAGCAAGAAGAGUUGCUAAGAAAUCAACAAAUUCUUUUACAACAGAAAGAAGCACAAAGACAACAGUCGUUAUAUGAACAGGAACAACUUAAAAGGCAGCAACUUGUCGCUGAACAACAGAAGGUAUCCAGACUGAAUAAUAAUUUUCCCAAUCACAAGCAUAUUCCACAAAAUCCCACUGUAAAUAACGGCCUAAGACCACAGAAAUCCCACGUAUCAAUACAUCCAAGUGUAGUACUGGAUCAACCAAAUACUCUUGCUGGCCAACAACAGCUGCCAAACAAAGAAGCUGUUGAUUUCCUUUUGCAUUUACGCAAGCAACAAUCAGAUCAGUUUCCAUUACAAGAAAACCAUCUCCCACAGGGAAUUGGAAACUUUUUACAGCCCAAUCCACCACAACACAACAGAGUAUUCAGACAUGAAAGCGGCGUUGGAAAUUUAGGUGUUAAUUUUAAUAAUUUUGACCACGGAUUCUCGCAUCGCUUCUUUCCGAUAAAUCAAUUUGGUUCAGAUAGUGAAUUAAAGCAGCUUUUAUCACAAACAAGUUUGCAUCCAAGAGCGCAUGAAGAUCUUAACAUCGUGACUAAAGUAUUAUCUCUCAACCAUGGGAUCCCAAUAUCUAAUAAUAGAUUACAAUUUGACAGCCGGAGGCACACGAGACCUCUGAAAUAA